AUUACUUCUUUCGACUAAGUGUGGUCGAUCUUUAUUCCCAAAUUCACAGAGCUGACCCUUCGCUUGGACGUUCUGACGUUCAGGACAGCUUCGCUACGAGUAUGCCCGGCCCAUAUCCAUGUCAGAUCUACAACACAAUGUGCACAUAUCCUUGAACAUUGUGGAUAUCACACAAGGUACAACACAAGGGUGCCCCAGGGACUUCCGGUCCAGGACGCAAGAGAUCUUGAUCUCUGUGGGACAACAUCAUAAACGUUCUGAUCGACCUUCAGCAUCGGUGCUGUGUCCCUGCGGAAGCUGGCAUCAACAAGACCAAAUUCUGAAAUUUACUCUCGCCACGUUAUUGCACUCCGCUCAGCCUAAGAUGCUUGUGAUCGCGCCCAAUUGGUCCAUCCUGGCUGCAACCACGUUUCCGCGCACGAGCUUUCGACCUUUGUACGUCAACGUGGCCGUUGAUCGCGGUGGUUGGCCUCCAUGACUGGCUCUCGAUUUUUCAAUCUCAAAAUCGAAGGAGUCGAGAUUAGGCACUUCAACAACCUGAUCUCAGCCUCAGACAUUUCCAGCCAACAUCUCAUUCAUGGACGGAACAGUUUUUCCAUGCUGGACCAAUGAGCUUCUAUAUGUGGCAUUGAACUUCUGGGUGCUUGUCAAGGUUCAUCUGUUCAACUUUCCUACUAUUCAUGUGGAAGUGGGGACCAGUACGUGCGUAGGGAAAGAGUGAGAAACGCGCAAACGGUGACUUUUCUCAGUGCAGAGGACUUGUGCAUAGGAUGGUGAUGCCUACAGCUGAUUCCGGCACUCUGCAUCGUGCCAGAGAUCAAUCGUCGAGCGCCUCGACAUUCGAUCGGGUGAGUCGCCACCUUCAAGAACAGGAUAGAGCGUCUGCACACGGAAAACAUGUGCUGGACCUUCCCUAGAAUCUGCCAGAUUCGCUGCCGUCGGCUAAUACCUACGAGCUCGUAGUAUCUGCCUACCUAGGUAGCUACUCGUCUCCACCAAUAUCCACAAUGAGACUGCGAAAGGAAUUGUUGCUGAUCACCUAGUCUCCGGAUCUGGCUUUCUCACCGCAAAAAUGUCUAUCCUAAAGCACGGUCUGACUAUCACUGUGUCGACAGUGAACCGCUGCGUGCUACUGCUACUUGUCUCUGAAACUGAUACUCCUAUGCGGUACAAGUCCC